UUUACUCCUUUUUGCCGGAACUGUGACUCGGUGGUUGUUUGCUCUCCCACCCUCACUUGCCUUUCAUUCUUAACUCCCAAGCGAGUCCUCCUGGGUCUAACCCGUCCCUUUCUUCCCGGUCUCACUCUGCAUCAGCCUUCUCCCUUAUCUAUCUCCCUUCUCCUUCAGGCCCCCCUCAGGGAAUUGCAGCAGCCUUCCCCUGCCAAAGCCGAUGCCUCUCUGCGUUUCCCACCUGAGGAAUUCUGCAGUUUGAUUCAGAUUUUUCGAGGGGUCGAUAUGCCUUUCAACAUUGUUUCAGCAUGGAACAAGAGAAGAAGAAGCAAAUCCCACGAUCAUAUGGACCCUUGGAUAUAUGAGCCUGUUGAUUAUUGGCAACUUAAAGGACAAAAACCCUCUUUCGGAAGGCGCAAUUGCUCAUCUGUUUUCACUCUCAGGGAAAUGGAGGAGGCAACAUCUUCAUUUAAUGAAGAGAACCUGCUCGGAAAAGGAGGAUUUGGCCGGGUGUACAAGGGAAUUCUCAGGAAUGGAGAGGUUGUUGCGAUCAAGAAGAUGGAUUUACCUCCUUAUAAACAAACCGACGGUGAACGCGAGUUCCGAGUAGAAGUAGACAUCUUGAGCAGACUGGAACAUCCAAAUUUGGUAACACUGAUCGGAUAUUGUGCCGACGGGAAGGAUAGGUUUCUCGUCUACGAGUACAUGCCAAAUGGAAACCUUCAAGAUUAUUUGAAUGGAAUUAGGGAAACAAAGAUGGACUGGGCUUUGAGGCUGAAGGCAGCACUCGGAGCAGCGAGGGCUUUGGCUUAUCUCCAUUCCAGUUCUGCUGCUGGUAUUCCUGUUGUGCAUAGAGACUUCAAAUCUACCAACAUUCUCUUGAAUGAAUACUUUGAGGCCAAGAUUUCUGACUUUGGACUUGCUAAGCUAAUGCCAAACGGUGAGGAUAUAUAUGCAACCACAAAGCUCCUAGGUACUUUUGGCUACUUUGAUCCUGAGUAUGCAUUGACAGGAAAGCUCACCUUACAGAGUGAUGUCUACGCCUAUGGCGUCGUCCUGCUUGAACUGUUGACCGGUCGGACAGCAGUAGAACUCAACCGGGGUCCUUGUGAACAAAAUCUUCUGUUACAGGUACAGGACUUUGAAUUGUAGGAUAGAUAACCUACGGGUAAAUGCAGUAAGCUCAUGAAGGCUUACAUGUUCUAGGUUCGACGUCUAUUAAAUGAUCGAAAGAAACUGCGAAAAGUGGUUGAUCCUGACAUGGCUAAAAGCUCAUAUACCAUGGACUCCAUCUCCAUGUUUGUAAGCCUUGCCGCACGCUGUGUCCGCAUGGAAAGCAGCGGGAGGCCAUCCAUGGCAGAGUGUGUGAAGGAGCUGCAACUCAUCAUAUGCGCCAAUACGAGAGUAUAAACAAACCAUGUUGUGAAGAACUCAGAUUCGUAGGAACAGGUUUUUGUAUGUUAAGCAUCCGAUUGAAGAUUUCUUUUGCCAUUUUUUUUUUAAUGUCAUUCGAGAUACUACAAACAAUUCAAGACACAGUGUGAAUAGUAGGAGUGUUGUGUUUCGGAA